AUGGACGUCGUAAAAAGUUUGAACCUAACAGACAAAGCAGGAAAUUUGAUAAAAAUAUUGAUUAAUGAUGAGGAUAUUCUCUAUAAGGAAUAUAAGCCUCCUCCUAGGGACAUUAUCCAGCUGCCUAAAUCCAUGCUAUAUCUCCUGAUGGCAGCUGUCGUGGUGGUGGCUGUGGCUUACGCUAUCGUCGGUCACCUCAUCAAGGACCUGGCCCUGGACAUAGCAGGUAGUUGGGGGGACUUUAAGGACAAGGGAUGUUACAUGAGAUUGGGAUUAACCUAACAGGUUACCUGCACUAAGUACUAUAUUGAUCAGAGUUUUAAAAGAAAAUCAAGGACCUGGCACUGGACAUAGCAGGUAGUUAAUCUGUUGAGGGGACUUUAAGGACAAGGAAUGUUACUUGAGAUUGUGAGUAGAGUAGCCUAUCCGGUAACAUGCGCAUAAUAGUGUUCUCGUUUAAAGUUCCAGUACUAUAUUGAUCAGAGUUUUAAGUAGAAAGAACAUACUGUAUUUAGUGUACACUGGAGUGUGUCAAUCUAUUGAUGGAUAAUUGUACAUUUGAGAUAGUUUUUAGCCUAUUAGGUUUCUGACUGUAUAGCAAUUGAAAGGUUAGAGGGGGUUACCUAGGGGAUAAGGAAUGAGAUUCGGAUUAACAUGUUGACUGCACACAUGAUUAUGUAUAACUUCAUCAACACUAUAGGCUAGAGUGGAGUAUUAAUAGAUCAUUGCAAUUGCAGAAUUUCUUAGAGAAGAUACUUUGGACCCAUUGACUUUAUGUUAGCAGGUCUGUGGAAAAUGAUUUUGACUUAAUGCAAAUGUGAUGCAUUUGUGGGAGAACCUACUGUAUAGGAGGGAUUGUGUAAUACCGGCCCCCAUUAGUUUCUAUCCUACUAAUCACAGAAGAGCCACAGAUAGCCUAUGCUCCUUGAGGCAUGAUCAGCCUAAGUAUGUACAAAGUAGGCCCAAAAUCACACCAUCCACCUCUAUCUCUCCACCUCUCUCUAUCCACAGACUGCCUGCUGAAGACAUUAAUUAAUUAAUUAAUUUAAGAAGAAGACAUGUUGUACCCAUUGAGUUUCUAUUGUUUAGCAGGCCCCUGUGAAAGAUUUGGCUGUGAUAAAAGCCUACAUUUUAUAAACUGGGGGAACCUAAGAGAGAAGAGUCAUAUCCCUAACCCCCAUUAAUUUCUAUGCUACUAAUCACACCAUCGAUCCCCACUUCUCUCUCUCUCCACAAAGACUGCCUGCUGGGUCCCAUGGAGCCUGACCCCCUGAAGGAUGGUGACCUGAAGCCCCGCGGUCCUUCCCACAUGCCCCCCAUCAUGACCAACUCCCACCACAACGCCUUCCACGUCUGGGAUACAGACGACGUCAUCAUCCCCAUGACCCCCAUCGAGGGGAGCCCUCAGGCCAGCCCGCUGCUGAAUGUCAUAACCCACAUACCCUCCUUCUUCCCGCACUCGCACAGCGUCAACAGUCCC